AUGGGGUUUCUUCUUUCCAAGCUGUACCGAGACCAAAGCGUUUUUAUUCUUGUCCUUAGGCUGGGCUCUGAGAAGAAGUAUGCCAUUGUAGAGGACUUCUUUAGCGUCUUCCUUUCAAAGUUUAAGAUUGUGUAUACGCACAGAAGCGAGUAUCUAACAUACAACAAAAUAUCAGAGAAAAAUCGAAGUCUUUCGAUUGUGGAAAUGCACGACAGAGACCACUGCAAUCUGUUCUGGGACUGCAUCACCGGCAUGCACUCUAUCGUGUAUUUUAUUGAGAGCCUGACAAGCGGAAACAUGCUGGAAGUAAUAGGACAGAUAAAGGUCAUAAAAGAUGCAAACGCAGGGGCUUCUGUUCUGCUGGUUAUUGUUAGUAACAAGAUGGAGAUGGAGGGGUAUGUGCAGUUUAGAAAAAGUCUGAAACAGGCCCUGGAUGGCGUGAGCUACAGGGUAGUAGAUGGUGUGAUCAAUGCACCCGAAAAAACUCUUCUGACAAAGGAUGAGAUAUGCCAGGGUUUCUCUUGGAUUCUGAACCAGACGAGCUAA